AAUUAGAGCAGCGUGCUGACGUCACACGCCGGGGUGGGGCCGAGAAUUUGCUUAUCUUGGAGCGGGCUAUCCGCGCCUCAGUCGGGUGGAGCUGAGCCGGAGACAGGCAGUGUGAGAGACCUCAGGACUGCAGAAUGUUUCACUUAAGGACUUGUGCUGCUAAGUUUAGGCCGUUGACGGCUUCCCAGACUAUUAAGACCUUUUCACAAAACAGACCAGCAGCAGCUAGGACGUUUCGGCAGAUUCGCUGUUAUUCUGCCCCUGUUGCUGCAGAACCCUUUCUCAGUGGGACUAGUUCGAACUAUGUGGAGGAAAUGUACUAUGCUUGGUUGGAAAACCCCAAAAGUGUACACAAGUCAUGGGACAUCUUCUUCAGAAAUACCAAUGCUGGAGCACCCCCCGGCACUGCCUAUCAGAGCCCACUACCCUUGAGCGCGGGCUCUCUGUCCACCAUGGCUCGAGUGCAACCUGUUGUGGGAGCUCAGCCCAAUGUGGACAAGCUGGUGGAGGAUCACCUGGCAGUGCAGUCUCUCAUCAGAGCCUACCAGGUCAGGGGUCACCACAUUGCAAAACUUGAUCCUCUCGGAAUUAGUUGUGUAAAUUUUGAUGAUGCUCCAGUAACUGUUUCUUCAAACGUGGAUCUUGCAGUUUUCAAGGAACGACUUCGAAUGCUAACAGUAGGAGGAUUCUAUGGCCUGGAUGAGUCUGACCUGGACAAAGUAUUCCACCUACCCACCACCACCUUCAUCGGGGGGCAGGAGUCUGCUCUUCCUCUGAGAGAGAUCAUCCGGCGCCUGGAGAUGGCCUACUGCCAGCACAUCGGGGUGGAGUUCAUGUUCAUCAAUGACCUAGAACAGUGCCAGUGGAUCCGGCAGAAAUUUGAGACCCCCGGGAUCAUGCAGUUCACCAAUGAGGAGAAGCGGACCCUGUUGGCCAGGCUUGUGCGGUCCACCAGGUUUGAAGAUUUCCUGCAGCGGAAGUGGUCCUCCGAGAAACGCUUUGGCCUGGAAGGCUGUGAGGUGCUGAUCCCAGCCCUGAAGACCAUCAUUGACAAGUCGAGUGAGAAUGGAGUGGACUACGUGAUCAUGGGGAUGCCGCACAGGGGGCGGCUGAAUGUGCUUGCGAACGUAAUCAGGAAGGAGCUGGAGCAGAUAUUCUGUCAGUUUGAUUCAAAGCUGGAGGCAGCUGAUGAGGGUUCUGGGGACGUGAAGUAUCACCUGGGUAUGUACCACCGACGGAUCAACCGUGUGACAGACAGGAACAUCACCUUGUCUCUGGUGGCAAACCCUUCUCACCUGGAGGCAGCCGACCCUGUGGUGAUGGGCAAAACCAAGGCUGAGCAGUUCUACUGUGGGGACACCGAGGGGAAGAAGGUCAUGUCCAUCCUCCUGCACGGGGACGCUGCGUUUGCUGGCCAGGGCAUUGUCUAUGAGACCUUCCACCUGAGCGACCUGCCCUCUUACACCACUCACGGCACUGUGCAUGUGGUUGUCAACAACCAGAUCGGCUUCACCACUGAUCCUCGCAUGGCCCGCUCUUCCCCCUACCCCACUGACGUGGCACGUGUCGUGAACGCCCCCAUCUUCCAUGUGAACUCAGACGACCCAGAAGCUGUGAUGUAUGUGUGCAAGGUGGCAGCCGAGUGGAGGAACACUUUCCACAAGGAUGUAGUGGUGGACCUGGUGUGCUACCGACGCAAUGGCCACAACGAGAUGGACGAGCCCAUGUUCACACAGCCGCUCAUGUAUAAGCAGAUCCGGAAGCAGAAGCCAGUGCUGCAGAAGUACGCCGAGCUGCUGGUGUCACAAGGCGUGGUCAACCAGCCCGAGUACGAGGAGGAGAUCUCCAAAUAUGACAAGAUCUGUGAGGAGGCCUUUGCCAGGUCCAAGGAUGAGAAGAUCUUGCACAUUAAGCACUGGCUGGACUCCCCCUGGCCUGGUUUUUUCACUCUAGAUGGGCAGCCCCGCAGCAUGUCCUGCCCCUCCACGGGUCUGACAGAAGACGUUCUGACACACAUUGGGAACGUGGCCAGCUCUGUACCUGUGGAGAACUUCACUAUUCACGGAGGGCUGAGCCGCAUCUUGAAAACACGAGGAGAGAUGGUGAAGAACAGGACAGUGGACUGGGCUCUGGCGGAAUACAUGGCCUUUGGCUCCCUUCUGAAGGAGGGCAUCCAUAUCCGACUGAGCGGGCAAGAUGUGGAGCGAGGCACUUUCAGCCACCGCCACCACGUGCUGCAUGACCAGAACGUGGACAAGAGAACCUGCAUCCCCAUGAACCACCUCUGGCCCAACCAGGCUCCCUACACCGUGUGCAAUAGCUCUCUUUCCGAAUAUGGGGUUCUAGGCUUUGAGCUGGGUUUCGCCAUGGCCAGCCCCAACGCGCUGGUGCUCUGGGAGGCUCAGUUUGGCGACUUCCACAACACGGCCCAGUGCAUCAUCGACCAGUUCAUCUGCCCAGGACAGGCCAAGUGGGUGCGGCAGAAUGGCAUCGUGCUGCUGCUGCCCCAUGGCAUGGAGGGCAUGGGCCCCGAGCACUCCUCUGCCAGGCCAGAGCGCUUCCUGCAGAUGUGCAACGAUGACCCAGACGUCCUGCCGGACCUGGCAGAAGCCAACUUUGACAUAAACCAGCUCUAUGACUGCAACUGGGUUGUCGUCAACUGCUCCACCCCCGGCAACUUCUUCCAUGUGUUGCGUCGCCAGAUUCUCCUGCCCUUCCGAAAGCCAUUGAUCAUCUUCACCCCCAAAUCCCUGCUACGACACCCCGAGGCAAGAUCUAGCUUCGAUGAGAUGCUUACAGGAACCCACUUCCAGAGGGUGAUCCCCGAAGAUGGGCCUGCAGCCCAGAGGCCAGACAGUGUCAAGAGGCUCCUCUUCUGCACUGGCAAGGUGUUCUACGACCUCACCCGUGAGCGCAAAGCGCGAAGCAUGGAGGAGCAGGUGGCCAUCACCAGAAUUGAGCAGCUGUCCCCGUUCCCCUUUGACCUCCUGCUUCAUGAGGUGCAGAAGUACCCCAAUGCUGAGCUGGCCUGGUGCCAGGAGGAGCACAAGAACCAGGGCUACUACGACUAUGUGAAGCCUAGGCUGCGUACCACCAUCAACCGCGCCAAGCCUGUGUGGUACGCCGGCCGGGACCCUGCUGCUGCUCCAGCCACCGGCAACAAGAAGACCCACCUCACGGAGCUGCAACGCCUCCUGGACACGGCCUUUGACCUGGAGGCCUUCAAGAACUUCUCUUAAGCGCUGCCUGGACCUGCUCAGCCCCCUCACCCACAACUCCCCCCUCCCCCCCCCCCCCACACACACACUGCACACUCCUGUGCUCACUUAGGAAUUAGGCUUCUUCUCCCACCCCCAAGCCAGGCACUCCUGUUGGGCCCAAGACCUUCAUGGAGGUAGAGGGAGCCCCACUCUGUCCCCCCACCCACUUCAUCUGGCAAAGGGCUUCCGGUCUUGGCCCUAGAUGCCUGGGAGGAGCCAUCACUGUCAGUGUUUUGGUGGGUGCAGAGUUUUGGCAGAGGCUCUGAUGCCCAGAAUAGCACCGGGUGAGCAAUAACCGAGCCCAGCCUGGCACACAGGGCAGGACCACUCUGCUGUUUCUGUCCCUACCCUUCCAGAGGCCCCGGGCAGCUCCACAGGUAUGUCUGGGUCCUCCCCUUACUUGACCAUCUUCCCUCUGUCCCCGUCACACCGUGGAGACUGCAUUCUCUCUACUGGGUCAAAGCCAGUCAGGGGAAAAGGGACAAGGAGCAGCGUGCAGCCGAGGAGCCAGCCCCUCCCACCUAUCACAGGGACAGAUAUGAUUUAUUUAUUUUGGUUAAAGAGAACAAAAACUUUGCAUUGCAUUCGGCUUGACCCAUAAACUCAGUUGUCCUUGUA